AUGUCUGGCCAACCACCCACCGUCACCACAGCGCGUCUCACGCCUAAAAAGCGCAGAAACGAGGACACCAACUCUGAUGCGCAGAAAAUCGAACGCCUUGAAGCCAAGGUCCGCGGCUUGGAGCGGAAGAUUGUCAAGUUGGAGCGGGAGAGUGCCGAGCGCAAACAGGUUGCUCCUGUAACAACGAUGGAUCUUGACUUGAACGAAAGGGUCCGUAAACAUUACGAAUACUUGGGCGAACAGAAGCAGCUCUUUUGGGAUUUGGAAGCCGGUUUCAAUAGGAGCAGGAACCCAGAUGUUGCCAAGGCCUUGAUUGGCUUUAUUGAGCAGCUUCCGGAUGAGAUCCGAAAGCCUUCGUGGACCCCACGCGUGAAGCGCGACGAGCGCCAAGCAGCAUUCUAUGUGGCUGGCGCAGUGAUACCCAGCCAUUUUCCUGGUGCGGAGUCUUAUCCUAGCUUUCAUGACGCUUAUACCUUUCAUGGAUUGAUGACUGAUAAUGUUCGUUAUUUCGGCAUAUCUUUCAUAAUAAGAACAUACAAGUUACAGUUGAAAUCAGCAUCGUAA